AGGAUAAAGGACCGAGUGUAACACCGAGAAUAUGAUGCGCAGUGCAACCUGCCGGGCGCGGAGAUCAAAGAGAAGACGCCAUUGCACUAGCCAUGGCCGUAGACCAGCGCACAUGCGCAGUGCGUGCUUUUUCCGCGGAAUGGGAUUCCUCCUGCCAGUCCUUUCUCCUGGCUUCACCCGCCGGCCCAGACUGUUUCCUGUAUGGCUAUUGGAAGAACUGCCAACCUUGGAAAGUCUCUCAGGAUUGGUUGGGCCUUCCCUAAGAGUACCAGAGGACCUACUUCCUGGCCGUGGAGAAAGCGUGACAACGAUUGGCUGUCCCUUCCAGGAGGAGCCUUAUGAUUGGUCCUUCUCAGGAGCUGGGGGCGGGACCUAUGUCCCAGAAGCAGCGGCGUCGUCUGCGGAGCCGGUGUGAGGCGGCCGAACUGCGCUGUGGUGUGCGACAGGGCGCGGCGGGAUGGAGGUGACGGGCUUGUCGGCGCCCACCGUGAACGUUUUCAUCAGCAGCUCCCUCAACACUUUCCGCUCGGAGAAGCGGUAUAGUCGCAACCUCACCAUUGCUGAGUUCAAGUGCAAGCUGGAACUGGUGGUGGGCAGCCCUGCUUCCUGCAUGGAAUUGGAGCUGUAUGGAGUCGAUGAUAAGUUCUACAGCAAGUUAGAUCAGGAAGAUGCUCUGCUGGGCUCUUAUCCCGUAGACGACGGCUGCCGUAUCCAUGUCAUUGACCACAGCGGUGCCCGCCUGGGGGAGUACGAGGAUGUGUCCAAGGUGGAGAAAUACAAGAUUUCACAAGAGGCCUAUGACCAGAGGCAAGACUCAGUCCGGUCCUUUCUGAAACGAAGCAAACUUGGCCCCUACAACGAAGAGCAGCGGGCACAGCAAGAGGCCGAGGCUGCCCAGCGUCUCACCGAGGAGAAGGCCCAAGCCAGCGGCAUCUGUGUGGGCAGCCGCUGUGAGGUGCGGCCUGUGGGGCAGUCCCCGCGCCGGGGCACCGUCAUGUAUGUAGGACUCACAGAUUUCAAGCCUGGCUACUGGAUUGGCGUCCGCUAUGAUGAGCCACUUGGGAAAAAUGAUGGCAGUGUGAAUGGGAAGCGCUACUUUGAGUGCCAGGCCAAGUACGGCGCCUUUGUCAAGCCAUCAGUUGUGACCGUGGGGGACUUCCCAGAGGAAGACUAUGAACUGGACGAGAUGUGACACCCGAGGAAGGGUGUCCCUGCUGCAGCUCCUGACUCCCCUCCUUGUCCCCCCGUGUAUGUGUGCCCACGCCCUCUUGCCCUGACCCAUCUCUGUUCCUUCACCUUCCAUCCGUGGUUGAUUUGUAACAUGCAUAAAUAAAAUUCAUCAGAAACUGGG